GUCGAAUGAAAUGAUAAUCAUUACUGUUGCUCAUUUAGAAUCAUUCGUAUUGCGAUGUCGACGUUGAAACGGCGGUGCCCCUCGCUUAUUCUUACAGUAAUUGCUGUACUGUACUGUGUGUUUUUCGUUAAUGCGACAGAGCUUCCUACUAAAUAUCCAAAAUUUACUCCGGCUGUGUUGAAAAAAUUAGAAAACAAUGAAGUGGUAAAAAAAUUUGUGGAUCUCACUGUGGCCAACAAUAUGGACGUUUCAGUGAUUAGCCACAAAAGAGAGUAUAAUUCUGAAGGGGAACUCGAGAAACUUACUGCGUUUUCACUAAAUUUUCCUAAUAACAAUCGUGAGAACGUUUUGGUUGGCGAAAGCAAGUUGACUGCGGAAGCGGUAAACGAUUUUUUGAAAUUGGCUGCCGAAAACAAGUUUGUAGCAACCACCAACGUAAUACCAUUACAACCAAACGACGGAGACAAUAACGAUAACAACAACGACAAUGACGACAACAGAACGGUGAACAAUAAAAAAUAUGCCGGAGAUGAUGUAUACAAAAUGAUUUACAACAUCGAAUCGACAGUUAAAGACGGUGAAAUAAUCGAAAGCGACGUUUACUACGCCCGAUACAACUUUAUUAUUCCGGGGGCCGAUGGUAAAAAUGAAACUUAUUAUGCCUUCAUCGCUCACGCCGACGUCGAGUUGGACAAAAACGUCGGUUUAUCCGACGAACAAAUUUCAUACGCGAAAGAAAUUAUCUCUAAAUAUGUUUUUCCAAUGGACGACGGUAACGAUUUGUGUGGAUUGAUGGCAGAAAAAUUCAAGCAGCAAUAUCCGGAAGAUAAUUGGCACGCAGCUUAUACAACUUUGGAAGAUUAUUAUUUGGGAGCGGACAAGUUUGUUCAAUUCGAGGUUUACAACGACAAAAUACUCUUGUUCUCUCUAUAAUUAACUAUAAUACUAAUUUAAAUAAUAUACGUUAAAUUAGAAUAAAA